CCCCCUAAAGGCCAAAACCAAACCCUCGCUUUCAUCUCCGCUUUUUCUCUUGGUACUGCUAUAUUAUACCCGCGCCAGCCAUAGUUCUGCUGCCAAACAUUUUCAUUAUUCCACUCAUUGCUAUUUUUGCUCCCUAUAAAACCCGAAAUAUAGGCCGACAGGUAGAUCAUUUCAGAGAUAAAUAUUACUACCAGCAUUCCUUUGAGCUUUAUAGUUUAAGAAUCAAUAAUAAUACAAAAAGAAAGGUGACUAGCUGAGACUACAGAGAGUAGUAGUAAACAAACACACACACACACACAAAAAAAAAAGAAAAAGAAAAAAGGCCAAUUGGAGAUGCCGCCGGCGGCCGGCGUAGUUGCACAGUCCGAUCGAGUACCGGUGGUGGGGCCAAUGGUGAUGCCCACAGUGAUGCAACCGGCUCCAGGGGUGAUGCCGGAGGCCUACGCUAAAGAUGCCAUCAUAGCCUGGUUCAGGGGAGAGUUCGCGGCUGCCAACGCCAUCAUUGAUGCCCUCUGCAGCCACCUGAAACAGCUGGAGGGAGGCGGGGGGUCGGAGUACGAGUCGGUGUUUGCGGCCAUCCACAGGCGGAGGCUGAACUGGAUCCCGAUUCUCCAGAUGCAGAAAUACUAUUCCAUUGCCGACGUGGCGCUGGAGCUCCGGAAAGUGGCCGCGACCAAGAUGAUGGAGAGGGAGCGAAUCGCGGGAGAGGCGGAGGCUAAGAAGAAGAAGAAGAAGAAGGACGCAGAAGAAGAGAUGAACAAGGUGGCGGCAGCGGCGGGGGAUAUCGCUAUACCGUUAAAAGAAAAGGCUGGUGAAAAUCCUGUUUCCGAGGAGGAGGAAACGAUAUCAAUCGGUGACGAAAAUGGAAACGGCGAGGUAGUAGGUGACGGACAAGAUUCUACCAAAGAUGAUUCUCUUGCUGAAAGUGAGAUUACCGAUGCAGGGUCUCAUGAAGUGCCGCCGUCACUAGAAAAUAGUGAUAUUUGUUCUCGUCAUGAAGAAUGUCAGGCACGUCGAGAGAAGAUUAAGAUUACGAAAGGAUUCGUAGCCAGGGAGCCAUUCAAAGGGCACAUGGUGAAUGUUGUGAGAGGACUGAAGUUGUAUGAAGACAUCUUUAAUGAUACUGAGCUCUCUAAGUUGAAUGACUUCGUGAAUGAAAUCCGGGUUGCUGGCCAGAAUGGUGAACUCUCAGGAGAGACCUUCAUUCUGUACAACCAGCAAAUGAAAGGAAACAAGAGAGAGAUGAUUCAGCUUGGGGUUCCAGUUUUUGGACAAAUAAACGAAGCUACAAGUAAAUGUCCAAAGAGCCAUAUUGAGCCAAUUCCAGCUCUUCUCCAAGGUGUUGUUGAUCACCUGAUUCAAUGGCAUAUUAUAUCAGAUAACAAAAGACCAAAUGGCUGCAUCAUCAACUUCUUUGAUGAGGGUGAAUACUCGCAGCCUUUCCUUAAACCGCCACAUCUGGACCAGCCAAUCUCCACCCUCCUCCUGUCGCAGUCAACAAUGGCUUUUGGUCGCACUCUCGUCAAUGGCAAUGAAGGCAACUAUAGAGGACCACUCAUGCUUCCUGUAAAAGAAGGGUCUUUAGUGGUCAUGAGAGCAAACAGUGCUGACGUUGCAAGACAUGUUAUGUGCUCAUCCCCAAACAAGAGGGUGAGCAUCACAUUCUUCAAAGUCCGCAUGGAGGAAGAAAGCACCUUAAUGCCAACGGCAUCCCCAACCAGUGCCAUGACUCUAUGGCAGCCAGGAGUUCCAACCCCACACCCAACAGCGAACGGAGUGCAUGCAGGCUUUGAGGCAAUGGACAUGAUUCCAAAGUGGGGUGCCUUGCGGACCCCGGUUGUGAUGUUAGCUCCCUUGCGUCCAAUGGUUGUGAGCCCCAGAAGGGUAUCACGCGGCGGUACAGGGGUUUUCCUGCCAUGGACUGUUGGAUCAAGAAGACCUGCCAAGCAUCUUCCUCCACGUGCCCAAAAGGGUCGGCUUCUAGCAUUGCCUUCUCCUGUUGAAGCAUGUAAAACGGAUACCAACUCUGAUCCACGCGUUAGUGUGUGAAUGGAAUUGGCUCAAAACGUAAAUCUGUUCAAGUGGUUUAUGUCAUGGUCUAAAUGAGCUAGUAUCUUGUAAAAUGAGGCUCUGGUGCUAAGGUAUUUGCACUCCUCAGGCUUUGAUGUUGCUUGUUAAUCGCUUCCUCAGCUGCGAAAUCAAUGUAGGCUCGAGAGUUAGUUUCAAGUGGUUUAGGUUGAAUAGUGACUGAAUUUUGUAUGCCCGUUAGCUAUUUAGAGCAUAGUUGGAAUUGUUCAUUACAUAUCAUUUCCUCCUCUUUUGGAACAA